UUGAAUUCACUAGACGGUCAUAAAAACAUUAAAUUUAUAAAUUUAUUAAAAUAUAGAAAUUUCUAAGCGUGAAAUACGUUAGAAGGUCUCUGGGAUGUUGGCGUGCACUUAAAAAAUGCCAUUAAUGCUUUUAUCUCUUUUGCGUUGUCUCCAGUAUAAAUUUCACACAAGAUUUGGCAGAUUUUGUUUAUGUAAGUACCAAAGGUUGCAUCGGCACAUAGUGUAUGGACAAGUAAUUAAUCGCCAUUAUCAUACAGAUUUAUCACAUUAAAAAUUUAUGAGUCGCCCAUUAAAAAGUAAAACAUUAACAAAAUCCACUUCUUCGUCGGUUAGGUCACGAAGUUCGAAGCGAAGUGUGUGUAAUUUCAGAUUGCAUGCAUAUUAAUAAACGUAUUAUCCGAAUAGUUUAAGUUUUUUGAUAAAAAGUCUGAAUCUGUUUUAACAAAAAUUUGAAAUGGCUGUAACCAUCCGGAACGGCUUUAAGCGGUACGGCGACGGUAAAUUGGUUCUUAACGAUGUCAAUCUUAACGUGGGCGUGGGGGAAAUGUAAAAAAAAAUAAUAAUUUUAUAGUUAAAAGCUCUGAAAAUUUGAAAUUUCAUUUUGCCAAAUGUAUGUAUUUACAUAGUUAUGGAUUACUUGGUGCCAGUGGGUGUGGGAAAACGACACUGCUUUCCUGUAUCGUUGGCUCGCGACAACUUGACUCCGGCCAAGUUCUCGUGUUCGGGCAACCACGUCCAACAAAUCUUGGCACGCUGUGCGGAUAUAUGCCCCAGGACACCGCUCUUCUAGAGGUUCUCAAUGUGUCAGAAACGUUAAAGUAUUUUGGUCUACUUUACGGAAUGAGUGAAAUCGAAAUUCAAAAUAGGAUUGAUUUCCUGAUCAAAUUUCUUGAAAUGCAAAAAGUCAAUAGACCAAUUAGCGAGUUAAGCGGUGGGCAAAGGAGACGGGUGUCCUUGGCUGCCGCUAUGAUUCACAAUCCACGUUUGCUCAUACUUGACGAGCCUACCGUAGGCCUGGAUCCUUUAUUACGCCACAGAAUAUGGGAAUAUUUGAUAGACAUUGCAAAAAAUUUUGGAACUUCUAUCGCGAUUUCAACUCAUUACGUGGAGGAGACUAAGCUUUGUCAUAAGAUCGGCCUUAUGCGUGGUGGGCGGCUGUUGGCAGAAGACCACCCAAAGGCCCUCCUAGCGACCCACAAUUGCGACAAGAUGACUGAUCUGGUACUGUAUUUGUCUCAAAAUGACCAACUCCAAAGUGACAUCAAACGCACCUGGCCAAGCUACAAAUUACUCAGUGAAGAUUACUACAAAGAGACAAAUAUGGAGACCGUUGUUGUUCCCCAGUCAGGAAAUGAUGAGCUCUUAUCAACGUCUAAAAAAGUGGAUCACACGUCCAUUAUGUGGGCACUAAUUUUUAAAUGGUUACACCGACACAAACGAGAUUUUAGACUGCACAUUUGGGAACUUUGCCUUCCCAUCAUGUGCGUCUACGUAUUUCAAAAUAUCAUGGGUCCAGAACCUGGCCGUGUGAAAUUCAGCCUGAUUCACAACAUACCAGAUUUCAACCUUACCAAUCAUUCCGAAAUGCAAGAAUAUUGCAAAAAAAUUAGCAACACGCCACCCAACAAAUGUUUUUCGAACAUUGCGAUAUGCAAUUUUAUCAAUACAUUUGAGACAGGCCAAUUUAUUUGGAUCCCUACGUAUUCGUACCAGGAAGGACUCGAUCACAUUAUUGAAGGCAGGGCGAUGGGACUCAUUGAAUUUCCGCAUGAUUAUGAAAAUCACUUAAAGAACAGAAUGAUGCACAGAAAUUUUGCAGACAAUGAGACCGUUCUCGGGUCCACGUUAUCAAUGCGAAUGGACGAAUCAAACAUGAUCUUAGCGUUUUGGGCGAAGAAAACCAUCGUUGAGAAAUAUCUUGUUUACAUGUCACGUGCUAUAGAAGCGUGUCCAAUAGCGACCGACUUUCUCCGGCCACCCAUUAAGAUGGGAACCAUCUACGGAUCCGCUGAAGUUUUUGACUACAUCGUCUUCAUGCAGACGGGUCUAGUCAUUCUGUUGAUGUUUGUCAUGUCAAUGGCAGUCUCCGUGUUGUGCGUGGAGGAUCGUCUCCUCGGUUUGGAAGAGCGCGAUCGUGUCGCCGGAGUGACCGUGUCACAUCGUCUCGUCGUCUCCCUUGUCACUCAAAGCUUCAUGAUUUUUAUACAAAUCGGAAUAUUCUUAGGGUUACUUUGCGGCCUGUAUGAUAUGCAAAUUAGGGGGUCAUGGGUACUUGCGGUCUCCCUCAUUUUCAUGACCUCUGUUUGUGGACAAUUUGUAGGCAAGUCAGAAAAUAGAAAUUAA